GCCUGGUGCUGAGGAGGAGGACGGAAACAUGGAGGGGGACAGUGGCUUCAUCACUGUUCAGAAGGUCUACUACCCUUUGCUGUGCAUUCUGGGGAUCCCAGCCAAUCUCUUCACUUUCUACAUGAUCUGCUUCCGGAAGUGUGGAAUGUCUGACACGGCCAUCAUCUACCUGAGCUGCUUGGCCAUCGUGGACACCUUCUACCUGGUGUGGGUCAUCCUGCUGGACCUGACGCUCACCUUCUGGCAGCUGCAGCCUUUCUGGCACUCCCACCCGGCCUGCGGCAUCAUGGGCUUCCUGCAGUACGGCUCCUUGUACAGCUCCUCCUGGAUCGUGGUGGUGUUUACCAUCGAACGCUACCUGGUCCUCAGCAGCAUGUCCGCCAAGCAGCACUUCUCCCAGGCCAAGGUUACUAGGCUGACCUGUGUGUCUAUCAUCCUGGUCUCCCACCUGGCCUCCGUGCCCAUGGGCUGGAUCAACGUGGUGACGCCGAAGAAUUUCACCAGAGAGGGGAAGAAUGUGACUGUGCCCUGGUGUCACUACAGGGGCCAUAUCUAUUCUACUGUCCUGGUGUGGGUCACUACGUUCCUCUCCGGUGGCAUCCCCAUCAUCCUGGUCAUCAUCUUCAACUCGCUGAUCGGCCACCACCUGACCCGUGCCAGAAAGAUGUUUACCAAGGAGGAGCGGAGGGUCAUGCGGGGGGGGGGCACCAAGGGCAUGGUGCGGAGGACCAUCUUCCUGCUGGGCACAGUGUCUGUGUCCUUCGUGGUGCUCAGCCUGCCACGCUUCGUCACCUACUGCAUCCUGCGCACCAAGUACAACCACGACUGGUUUGACCGGAACGACUACCGCAUUCCCAUCAACUUGAUUAGUGACCUGGCCAACAUGCUGCAGAACCUCAACUCCACCACCAACUUCCUGCUCUACUGCAUGGUGAGCCGGGGCUUCCGCCAGGAGCUGAUCCACACACUCACCUGCAAGUCCAAGGCCCGAGAGCUGGGCUCCUUUCUCACCCAGACCACAAUGAAGGUGUUCUCUCUGGUGGACCAUAAAACACCGCCGACCAGAGACCCCAUCACUGUAGUCCUCACCAACCUCAAACAGACCCAGUAGAGAGGAGGAGAAUGGAGGGAGAAAGGACAAUGAUGUGUAUAAACCCUGGAUGACUGACAGGAGGCACUGUAUUGAAGCCACUGCACAGCCAUCUUGGAACUUCUCCUCCAUUGUAAAAAAAGCUUUAGAAAUGCAAUGUCUACAUUCGUUUUUGACACGUUUAUCGUAUUACCGACACCUUAAUGAAAAUUUUUUAAUUAUGUUAUGUGAGCUAAACAUAAAAAUAUAUUUCUUUAAAUUCCUUUAAGUAGUUUUUUAGAGAGUACUAAUGUUACCGUCCCCACUACAACAAUUAAAAAUACCUAAAUACAUAUAAUUUUGUCCUUGAACCAUUGAAUUGAAAUACUGUAGAAUUCCAUUCAUUCCUAUGGAUGACUGCUCCUACUGGGGAGGGACAAUAUGGCCGAUGGCCAACCAGUGACUUCAAAGCCUUUCAAUGGCCAAUACAUAGUAUUAGCAGUCCAGGGUUUAUAUAGCUCGAUAGGAAA